GGCGGAAACGGCCGAGUCGGAACCGGAAGAGGCGAAUUGAGCCGCGAAGAUGGCGGCGGCCGGUGAGGGGGAGCAGCCGCCGUGCGGCCUGUGCGGCGCCGCCGCCGCCCCUUACACCUGCCCGCGCUGUAACCGCCGCCUCUGCUCCCUCGGCUGCUACCGGGGCCACGGCGGCUGCGCCGAGGCCUUUUACCGGGAGCAGGUGCUGCAGGCGCUGGAAACCGAGCGGGAUCCCCCACCGGGCCGCGACCGCCUGGCCUCCGCCUUCCGCCGGUUGCGGCAGCUAGGCGAGCCGGGGGAUGCAGCCGGGCCUGUAGGCCGCGAUCUGUGGAAGAGCCUCAGCCCGGCGGAGCGAGCGGGUUUCCAGCGGUUGCUGAGCUCGGGGGAAGCGGCCACGCUGCUGCCGGCCUGGAGACCCUGGUGGUGGCGGCGGCGGCCGGUGGAAGAGCUGGGGAAGCCGCAGGCGGGCGAAGAAGAGGAAGCCGAGGACGAAGAAGCCGCCGCGGCCCCGCCGCUUCUUCCCGCCGUCGUACCCCCCCUGAGCAGCCUCCGCGCUCCCCCUCCCUCCCCGCUGCUUCCCUUCCAGCUGCCCAACGUCCUCUUCGGCUACGCCUUCGCCCUCAGCCUGCACGGCGGGGACGAGACGCUGCUGCCCGAGCUGCCCGCCGCCGUCCUCGACGUCUCGGCCGCCCUUCGCGGCCGCCGGGCCUUCGCCUCCGCCGCCGAAGCCCUCCACGCCGCCCGCUACGAGGUGGGCGCCGCCGGUUAUCCGCAGUGCCCGCUGGGAGACGCCGGGACGGUGUUGGCCGUGGUUCACAUCUUGGAAGGGAGAGAAGGCAGAACCGACGGCGAAGACGCGGCUGUCGCUUUGCUUCACCUGGAGAGAUUGUUCCGGAAGGGAGAGCGCCGUUUGCCGAAGGAGGAGCGGCGUCGGUUCGGCGACGCUCGCCGGAAGUGCCGCUACCUGCUGGCGUGGAGCCGGGAAGCGCCGGAGACGCUGGCGGCGCUGGCGGAGGCGGCGCGGGUCGUUCACGCCGGCGUGGCGCGGGAGGCGGCCGCCCUGAGAGAGGAGGCGGAGAGGGGCUGCGGGGGCCCCCGGCGGGAGCUCGUUAGCGGCCCGGUUAACGAGGGGUUGGGGGAGAGGCGGCUCAUCCAGGAGCUGGACUGAGGAAGGGCGAAGCCGGUCGUGGCGUUCGUUAAGGGCUGGGGUUGACGAGGCUGAGAGGGCAGCGGGAGAGAAGGCGCUCGUUAAGGAGCCGGGAGGAACGAACGGGUGGUAAAAGGCGCUCGUUAGGGGAUGAGGCUAACGAGCGCGGGGGAGGCGGUGUUGGAGGAGAAUCCGCUCGGUACGGAGCUGCGGUGACUUGACUGUGGUAACGAACAUCCACCGAAGCAGGCCCGGGAUCGGCGCUCGUUAAGGGAGGGGGGAGAACCCGCUCAUUAAGGAACCGGACUAAUGAACAUUCACGGAAGCAGGUCAGGGAAUGGCGCUCGUUAAAGGACGGGGGAGAACCCGCUCAUUAAGGAACCGGACUAACGAACAUCCACCAAAACAGGCCCGGAAACGGCGCUCGUUAAGGGACAGGGGAGAACCCCGCUCAUUAAGGAACCGGACUAACGAACAUCCACCAAAACAGGCCCGGGAACGGCGCUCGUUAAGGGUCUGGGGAGGACCUGCUCCUCAAGGAAGCAGGCUAACGAGCAUUUGGUAGAAUUAGCGCCAGAAAAGGUGCUCGUUAAGGGGACAAGACUAAUGAGCAUUGCAGGAAACGGUGUUGGAGAAGAACCCACUCUGCGCUAACGAACAUCCAGUGAACCCCGAACGGCGCUCGUUAAGGGAUGGGACUAACGAGUAUUUGAUAAAAUGGUGCUGGGAGAGAACCCGCUCGUUAAGGAACCGGCCUAAC